UGUUUUUUGGAAAGAGGACAACAUACUUAUGAUUAACAAUUUCAGAGUAGGCGAUUUUUUUUCCCGCCCAAGAAGGGUCGGUAUAAAUAAAGACAAUCAUCGGAUCCCUCUUGUGUAACUCCAGGGCUUACAUGAACAGACCAAUCAACUAAUUCGACAUGAAAGCACAAAAACAGACUUUGUGUCUGCUAUGGAUUCUGUUGAUGUUGAUUUUCAUUGCGACAGAAGCUAGAUGGACGACAUCUAUCUCGCGAUCGCUCGGUAAAAUCAGAACAAGUUUAAAGUCCAGUCAACAAUUAGCAAAACAACAACUAGGAAAAAUAGAAAAUUAUCUUAAAAAUGAAGAUGUAUCAAACAAGAUUUCGUCAACAAUAGAAGCCGUGGGAAGUGCAGCUCCAUCUUUGACAGGUGGUGAUGUCACACAAAUUGUCUCUGGUGCAUUAGACAUCUUGUCAGCAGUUACAGUCCUGAUCCCAGUAGUCGGUCCGAUAAUAAGUAGCAUUUUGACGGUGAUUUCUGGAUUGGUUAGCUCAAUAGGUGGCAGUGGAAUGGACAUCGGUUCGGUUGUCAAGAAGGCUAUCGAUGAAGCACUUAGAAAAUUCGACGACUCCAACCUUAGAGCAGAAGCAAUCGGUACUACCAAAGUAUUUGGCGUUUCAUUAGCCUACCUUGACGGAAUAACCGAUCUACAGCAACACGAAGUUUCUGCUCUGUCUGCACAUAUUCCUAUCUAUUCUGGAGUUCGCUUCAUCGGAAUACUACAAUCAAAAAUAUUAGACAGUACAAAAAGUCAAGACAAACAGCAGGUCAAACGGGCAAUUGAAUACACGCGACUUUUUGUAAAGCUCUCUGUUCUUAGAUCCGCUGUUAUGUGGAAAAUGUACCUCACCGUCAAACAGGCAGGACAUAGUGUAUCAACAGCGAAGAGCAUUCAUAACGUCAUAAAGAAUAUGGAAUUGAAAGACAAAGAAUUCUUAACGUUUUUGACGAAUCCUAAAUACAAUCAAGCUGUUUUUUUUUGCACACUUGAAACCAUCGGAAUUGCCUGAAGUUUCGAAGUAUCUUCACAAACGUCAACUUGCCUUUCAGAAUCUGACAUUUUUAGGGGCAGGAUCACAUACCUUUCGGACCCAAAAAUGGCCAAACUGGUAUGCAUAU